AUGAUCGGGCUGGCUGCUUCCCCUGGCACUCAGAUGGCAGGCCGGGCACUGGGUAGUCAUAGUCAAGCCUCCUCCUUUAUGGAGGAUGUAGGCAGAGAGAUCAAAGUUCUUGGAGACUCUCCAGACACCCGCUCCUUCACUGUGGAGACAGAGCUCAGUGAGCUGGGCCUGCAGCUGGCGCAGGUAGUAUCUGAUGCUGCAGGACAGGGUGUGGCCAUCACAGGGAACCAGACCUUCAACAACUGGAACUGGCCCAAUGCAAUGAUUUUUGCAGCCACAGUCAUCACCACCAUUGGCUAUGGCAAUGUGGCUCCCAAGACCCCCGCUGGUCGCCUCUUCUGUGUCUUCUAUGGUCUCUCCGGGGUGCCACUCUGCCUGACAUGGAUCAGUGCCCUGGGCAAGUUCUUCGGGGGACGUGCCAAGAGGCUGGGCCAGUUCCUCACCAAGAGAGGCGUGAGCCUGCGGAAGGCACAGAUCACAUGCACGGCCAUCUUCAUCCUGUGGGGCGUCCUGGUCCACCUGGUGAUCCCACCCUUCGUGUUCAUGGUGACUGAGGAGUGGAACUACAUCGAGGGCCUCUACUACUCCUUCAUCACCAUCUCCACCAUCGGCUUUGGUGACUUUGUGGCCGUUUCAGGUCAGCAGACCUUUGCUGGGGCCCCUGGUAGGCGAUCGGUGUUCUGGGCACUUCGCCCACCCGCAGGACCAGGGCUGAGUCCUCAAGGGAAUGGGCUGCCAGCCCUGCCCACUGCCCUGGCGCCCUUAGGGGUCUACUCCAAGAACUGGGUGCCCAGCUUGGAGGGGGUGUCACAGACACUAAGGAGCAAAGGCCAUGUGUCGAGGCCCCCUGGCGAGGAGGCCAGGGUGGGGCCCCCUGAGGCCGACUCCCCCAGCUCCGAGGUGCUCGUGAACCAGCUAGACCGCAUCAGUGAGGAAGGGGAGCCGUGGGACGCCCAGGACUACCACCCGCUCAUCUCCCAGAACGCCAGCGUCGCCUUUGUGAACAAGGAGGCUGGCUUCUCGGACGAGGAGACCUCCAAGUCCUCGCUGGAGGACAACCUGGUGGGGGAGGAGAGGCCCCAGGAGGGGGCCGACGCCGAGGCACCCCUGAGCAUGGGUGAGUUCCCCUCCUCGGACGAGUCCACCUUCACCAGCACCGAGUCUGAGCUCUCCGUGCCUUACGAGCAGCUGAUGAACGAGUACAGUAAGGCCAACGGCCCCAAAGGCACGUGAGGCCGGCGGCUCCCCACCCCACCUCAGAUGGCUGCUUUCCCCUUGCCCUGGGCUGUUCUGGCCCCUGGCGGGGGCAGCCCUGGAACUGGGAGUGGGGGGCCAGGGGCCUGCCUUACCUUCCAUCCCCUCCGGCUAAACGCUUCUGAGCAAACAUGGCACACGCCCAGGACAGGGCCUCUGUUUUCCAGCUGAACGGUACUGGGCA